AUGGCGUCAACAUCUAAAGAUAAUGUGCAAAACUCCUGUAGUCAUGAUAAUCCUGAAAAAGAUCUCGAACCAGGUGCAUCUCACGACAGCAUCUUGAAUCCUACGGAUUCUUUUGAGGAGUUUGCUUCUGAGAUGAACACAAGUCUUGAAGGCAGACCUACAGAUGUGACAAAAAAAUCCAGUACAAUUAGUGAGAUUCAAAGUGAAAUUGGUGAAUGCUCAAAGGAACUAAAAGAAACUAAAUCUAGCGAAAAUUUGCAUAAUAAAGAUGAAGCCAUAUCCUCUUCAGUAAGCAAUUCAAACUUACAAGAGGAGAAUGGUGACGAUACAGAAAGUGAAGUGGAUGACUAUUUAAAAUCACCAGAACUAGUUAAUAAAGAGAAACAUGUUUUUAUACUGAGCACUGCUGGAAAGCCCAUUUAUACAAGAUAUGGAAAUGAAGAUAAACUAGCCGGCUUAUGUGGAGUAAUCCAAGCUUUAGUUAGUGUUGUUGAAGAACAAAAUCGAGAUAUUUUAAGGUCCAUCAUCACGAAAGACUGCAAGGCGGUGUUUUUAGUUAAAGGACCGCUUAUAUUAGUAGGCAUGUCAAAAUCUAAUGAGAGUGAAACACAAUUAGUUUUACAGUUAACAUAUGCUUUCAACCAAAUUGUCUCAGUAUUAACGCUAACACAACUAAACCGAAUAUUCGAGCAGCGUAGGAAUUACGAUUUACGGCGAUUACUGUCUGGUGCUGAGCGACUUAUAGACAAUUUACUAAUUUUCAUGGAGAAAGACCCAGCAUUUUUACUUGGAGCUGUCCGGUGCUUACCAUUGCCAGAGAAAGUUAGAGAGAAUAUCACAAAUGCUAUAAUUUCCACAUGCCACAAAAUAAGAGAUUUAGUAUUUGCUAUACUGAUAGCCGGAAAUCAAUUAAUAACAUUAGUUAGAAUGAAAAAGUAUACAUUACAUCCGUCAGAUAUACAUUUACUGUUCAAUUUGGUACGGAGUUCUGAGUCAUUCAAAACUGCUGAAAGUUGGACGCCAAUUUGUUUGCCAAAAUUUGAUGCAACGGGGUUUCUUCACGGCCAUGUAUCAUACAUAUCUGAAGACUGUCAAGCCUGUCUAUUACUUCUUACGGUACAACGUGACGCCUUUUAUCCACUGUCACAAGCCAAGCACACUAUAUCAGACAAACUGAGACGAUCAAACUGCCUUACAGCAAUCAAUGAUGCUUUGAACAGAAAUAAAGAUCUCACAACCACUAACCCUCUUAAACAUAUAGGGAUUCCGGAAAUAAGACACUUUAUGUAUAAAUGCAAAUCCACAGCUCAGUUAUUUACCUCUGACCCCAUAAGUUUGGAUCGCUUACAAGAUUAUAGACAGAGGCACAAAGAAGGGGGUGAUGUUGUUAAGAAUAAGGUGGAGAAACUAUCAGACAUGGAUUAUGUGAGGAAUUAUAGGGAAUUUUGUAGUAAGAUACAUUGUGCACAAUCACCAGCAAAGUUGAUUUUCCGGUCCAAUUCUGAAGAUACUAUCUUGGCUUGGAUAACAAAUGGUUUUGAGCUGUAUGUAACAUUUGAUCCACUUAUGGAAAAAGAUCUAGCUAUUCGGGCUGUGGACAGGUUAUUGAGAUGGAUCAAAAAUGAAGAAAAAAGGAUAUUUAUUAUGAACGCGCCUACGUUUUAG